AUGUCGUGCCGGCAGAUCUACCACGAGGUCGAGCACGACACCAUGUCUCGCAUCAACGACUACCUCACAAGUGCACGCUUCACACAUCUUGACUCAUCUUUCCGACGCGAUCAGCAUGCGCUUCAACGUCUCGGGGCUUUAUGA